AUGCGUCUCACCCUCGAAGAACGCCGUCUGGAAAUUGAUCUCAUCGACGCUGACACGGGCAUCAUCCUGUUCACUGCGACAUCGCACCCAGGACGAUCGUCGACUGAAGUCACUGUAACGAAACGUUCGGAAAGUCCCCAGGUGCAACACACGGUAGUGGCGAAGCUCUGCUUUCGCAACAUGUUUCCCCACACGAUUGAGCUGCUCGGAGAGGAAACAGCGAAGUUGAAGGCGAAGGACUACGUGCGUCCGGAAGGCCAAGGGCGCUGGGAAAUCACCUCAGCGGCGGGAGACGUCCAUACAUGGUCUGAGGCGAACUACAAAGACCUGAAGCUUCAGUCAGCUUCUGGUCUCGAGCUCGCGCAUCUACGCGCGCCACAGCACGGCGACGAACAUCCAACGCCUUACUUCACCCUGCGAAUUGAGGACUCGGCAGCUUCGGUGGAUCUGGAACGUAUCGUUGUGAGCUGCUUAUACUUAAAGCAUGCGUUGAAGAAGACAGCGCAGGUUGGACAGCAGAUGGGAGCGGCCAUGGCAAACCCCGUUGGGAAUGUGGGGCGUCUUGGUUGA